AGAUCAGCAGUUCCCCACUACUAACUCUGAUGAUGCCCGGCUGGUCGCUCUGCUGCGUCCUCCCCCCAUUUACAAAUAAAGGCGAGGGGAGUGGCGGCGGAUCCAGAUCAGCUCCACCACCACACCGCUUGCUGCGGACAAGCAACGCAAUCAACAAGCAAGCACACCGCCACCAUGGAGUUUGCGAGCACCCUGCUCCCCAAGCUCGCCAAGCUGCUGCAGGAUGAGUACAACCUGCACAAGGGCGCGAAGAAGGGCAUCGGGUUCCUCCACAGGGAGCUCGAGGCCAUGCACGCCGCCCUCCGCAAAAUCAGCGAGGUGCCAAGAGAGCAGCUCAACGACCUGCAAAGGAUCUGGGCCCGGGAUGUCAGGGAGCUGUCAUACGACAUGGAGGAUAUCGUCGACACCUUCAUGGUGGACGUCGAGGGUCCUGAUCCCCCAAGCAAAAGGGGCGCCAAAAAGAUGUUGAAGAAGAUGAUAAGGAAGGUCACCAAGGCCAUGGCUCGUCGUGAGGUCGCCAAAGAGAUCAAGGACAUCAAGGAGCGUGUUAGGGAGCUGGCCGAGCGACGUGACAUGUACAAGGUUGAUGAUAUUGCUCCUUCUAAGAAAACCCUUGUUGACCCUCGCCUAAAAGCACUGUACACCGAGGCGACUGAGAUUGUCGGCAUUGAAGAAGCAAAAGAAGAAGUAAUCGCGGGGUUGACUGAGGGAGAUGGUGGCCAGCAGAAAAAGAUAGUCUCUAUUGCUGGUUUUGGAGGACUCGGCAAGACAACACUUGCCAAAGCAGUGUAUGAUGAGAUUAAAGGACAGUUUGAUUGCACGUGUUUUGUUUCGGUGUCUCGUAAUCCUGAUGCAAAGAAGCUUCUCAAGGACAUUUUGUAUGAGCUUCACGGAGGAGGACAUCCUGGUGCAAAUUUGGUUGAAAUAAAGCGCCUCAUUGAUCUUGUCCGUGAUUUUCUCCGUAACAAGAGGUACCUCAUUGUUAUUGAUGACAUAUGGGAUAAAGAACCAUGGGAUAAGGUAAUAGGACUUGCUCUGAUGGAGAAUAACAUGAGAAGUAGAAUAAUCACAACCACCCGCAUUAUUGAUGUUGCUGAGCAUGUCGGCGGUUCCUAUAGGCUCAAACCACUUUCUGAUGAGAGCUCUGAAAUAUUAUUCUAUGGAAGAAUAUUUGGAUCAAAAGAUAAAUGUCCGAGGCAAUUUUCUGAAGUAUCUGAAACUAUUCUGAAGAAAUGUGGAGGUGUCCCAUUAGCUAUCGUCACCACAUCUAGUAUGCUUGCUAACAAAUCAGAGGAUAUAAGAGUGUGGAAUGAUGUGUGUAACUUAAUUGGUUCUGGGCUUGGAAGGAAUUCUGGUAUGGAUGAUAUGAGGAAGAUACUAUUGCUUAGCUAUUAUGAUCUACCUUCCCAUAUGAAGACAUGUUUGUUGUACCUAAGCAUAUUUCCAGAAGACUAUGAGAUUAAAAAGGAUCGGUUGAUAUGGAGGUGGGUAGCUGAAGGUUUUGUCCAACAAGACCAACAAGCAGCCGGAGACCAAAGUUUCCUUGAGACUGGGGAGAGUUACUUCAAUGAGCUUCUAAAUAGAAGUCUGAUCCAGCCCGCGGACAUGGAUGAUGUGGACGGUACACCUCGUGCUUGCCGUGUGCAUGAUACGAUGCUUGAUCUCAUUAUUUCCUUGUCAGUAGAAGAAUGUUUCGUCACCACUGUGUUAGGUGAUGGGAUGGAAAGCAAGGUUCGGAGGUUAUCUCUGCAUAACAAUAGUACUACUUGGCCUACCAUGAAGAUGCCAAAACUGAGGUCCCUUACCAUGUUCUUCAGAUAUCCAGUAAUUGAUUUGAUGACACCCUCCCUAUUACGUGUAUUGGAUCUACUAGACUGCAAUUAUUACGACCUUGCAAGCCUGCGGUUUGUUGGGAGCUUAUCUCACCUGCGGUAUCUAGGUCUAGGAGGUCGCAAUAUGAUUAUUAGUUCUGGAACUGAUCAGCUCCCCAUAGAGAUAGGGAAGCUGCGUUUUCUGCAGACGUUGGAUUUAUCGAAAAUUAGAGUAGAAGAACUGGCAUUGAGUGUUAUUACAGGUCUAGGACAAUUGAUGUGCCUACGUACAGGUAGUAGUACUGGCUUGGAUGCAACAAGGCUGCCAGAUGGUGGGCUGAAGAAGCUGACCUCCCUUGAAGUGCUAAGUGGGGUGGUUGUGACGUCUAAAUGCAUUGUUGAAGAGCUGGGCCAUCUGACCAAACUGAGGGUACUUGAGGCCACGGUCAAAUUAUCUACAGAAGAGGCUGAUGAUGAUGAAUGGACGGCGCUGGGAUCCCUAGGCAAACUGACCAAAGUUGAAUGUCUUCAUACUCGUGUUCAUGAAUUUGCAGAUAUAUUAAUCUCGAUGGCUCAAUGGCGGAGCCACUAUGCAACCUACGGCGGUUUUUUGUUCGUUUCAUCAAGGUGGUGCCCACAGCCCCACAUGGAUUAGGCCUGCAUUGGUUCCCAACCUCUGCUACCUGGAGAUAUGGGUGAAGCACGAGCGAAGGGACGACCUCCGAGUUCUGGGCACCCUGCCGUGUCUUCGUCAUCUCAGUUUCAGAGUGGAAGGAGGAGCGGUGGAAAGAUGUGCGGUUGGGGCUGAUGCUUUCCAACAUGCGGUAAGCUGUGAAUUUAAUAUAUGGGAUGGAACAGCCGUGCUCCCAUGUGCAUUCCCACGAGGCGCUAUGCUCAUGCUCCAGGACUUUAUGUUCCAUAUGGGAUGGCCGCAAUUAAGGAGAGUGGCCGUUGAGGAUCUGGAUCUGGGCCUUGGCCACCUCCCGUCCCUUCGGAGUGUCACUGUUUCUGGCCUUGGUUAUUAUUUCGGAGAUGAUGAAGCCAGAAAAGAUAAGAUCAAGGGCGUGAGAGAGAAGCUUGAGCAGGAGGCGGCUGCCCACCCCAACCAUCCUGCUCUUCGCAUUUAUUGAUACUAAUUAAUUAUUAGCAGGCUAGCUAGCUAAUUAAGAGAUCCAUCCCAUCGGCGAGGAGGUGCAUACUACUUAAUAAGCACAUGCUGGGAGAGAUCGACGAGAGUGAAGCUGAGGCCGGAUCGGAAAAGUUGAUCGAGUAAAUUUGCUCACUAGUAGCACCCAUGCUGCCUUUUUUCCCCAUCGACCAGGGCCCACAUGGCCGUGACUUCGUCCUCGUCAGCUACGCCAACACCAAGUUUGCCGAUCGUCCUUUUAAUUUGCGACGCCCACCGUGUCCACGGCAUCGCUUAUUAUUGCUCCACAUGUACAGUACCUCAUGAUGAUCUUAAUUAUUCACCGCAGCAACAGGUAUUUAUACAUAAUCAACCACGCAUCCCAUGGAAGUACGUAGUGGCAAAAGGUCCAUGCCGGGCGAGAUUUCAUUUUGUACUUUAUGCCAUUGAUAAAUAUGACAUACUACAAUAAUGCCGGCUGUAACCCUUUUAUACCACUAUCAUUUUCCAAACAUGUCAUUAACAUGACGAUGUAGCAAUCAACAGUGUUUGUAUGUAAAAAGAUUUAUGCGAGUCAAAAA